UCACUGCCAUCAUGAAGCUCCAGCUGCUCCUCGUGUGUUUCUUCUACGUGCUGCUCAGCGUACCUGCUCAGUCGAGAAGAUCACACAGAAAGUUCAAGCCACGUUUCAAUUUUGGAAAGCAGCAUGAACACCUAAAUGUUAUCGACGACAAAAUUGAUGACGAUGCUGAUGAGGACGAUGUCGAUGCAGAAUGGGUUUUCAAAAUGCAGGAACCAGACGGCCAAUGCAAUCCAAACCCGUGCCUCAACAAUGGCGUGUGUAUGGAGAGGGGAAGCAGAAAUUUCAGAUGUGACUGCCCUGCUCCCUUCAAAGGAAAGAGAUGUCAGAAAGGACCCAGAGUUUGUAGGCGUGGUACGUGUGGACGGGGAGACUGUGUGAUCACCUCUACCGCUCCUUUCUACGAGUGCAAAUGCAAUGAGCCCUUCCAGCCCCCGAACUGUAGACAAGCAGCUGAAGUCUGUCAGAAUAAUCCAUGUAAGAAUGGAGGCACAUGCGUCCCUGAUGGCACAGACUUCAGAUGUGACUGUUCUGAGGGAUUUGAGGGACGUUUCUGCCACGUCGGCCCGAAUGACUGCUAUGAGGGUGAUGGAGAGUCAUAUCGUGGAAAUGUGAGUGAGGCACAAAAUGGAGUUCAGUGUCUCUACUGGAAUUCCCACUUCAUCCUGAGGACAGGAACUAAUCCGUUCACUGUCUUUGAGGACCCUGACGGGCUGGGCCCUCACAACUUCUGCAGAAACCCAGAUGGAGACAGGCAGCCUUGGUGUUUCAUCAGGAGAGGCCGAAGAGUACAGUGGGAAUACUGCAAUGUGAGGAAGUGCAGCACAGAAGCGGGAUCCACAGUCCCUCCGGUUCCGACCUCCACUGACGACCUCAGUCCCUCACAGUUCUCCACCUGCGGCAAGCCUCAGCCUAUGAGGCUCGCCUCCCGCAUCUAUGGGGGUUUGAAGUCCGUUCCUGGUGCCAUACCUUGGCAGCUCUCCCUGCAGGUCAACACCCGCGGUCAAAACUACCGUCACAUCUGUGGAGGGGCACUCAUUGAUAGUUGCUGGGCUCUGACAGCUGCCCAUUGCAUUUCUAGGAACAGUGACAUGGUGGUGGUUCUGGGAGGACUUACUCUGGAUUCAGACGAGCCCGCAGAGCAAAUCAUCGAGGUGGAGAGGGCAAUAGUGCACAACGGCUACGACUCAGACUCUCUUAGCAAUGACAUAGCUCUGUUGAAGCUCAAAGCCACAAAUGGAGUCUGCGCCAGAGAGACUCGAUUUGUGAAGGCUGCAUGUUUGCCCGACACUGCACUGCCGUAUGGGAAGGAGUGCACCGUUUCUGGAUGGGGCGCCACUGAGGAAUCUAACAGCGGCUCCAGCCACCUCCUGGAGGCUGAGGUGCUACUGAUCAAUUCGAAUACCUGCUCCAGACCUUCAGUCCUUGGAAAUACCUUGGAUGAUGGCAUGAUUUGUGCUGGGUACCUCGAGGGAGGGGUCGACUCAUGCCAGGGUGACUCUGGAGGACCACUGACAUGUGACAAUAACGGCACACAUGUUGUGUAUGGUCUGGUGAGCUGGGGAUAUGGCUGUGCACUCAGGAACAAGCCAGGGGUCUACACCCGGGUCCUUCACUUCCUCAACUGGAUCAGGAUAAACAUGGUGGCUUAG